AUGUGUGCAACAAAUAUUCCGAAUGUUUUCAGGGAAUUGAAAAAACUUAAGGACUUUAAGUUGAAAUUACACGUUGACGAGACUGUCACACCCGUAGCUCAACGAAUGUAUGGUGUUCCGUAUAGUUUACGUGAAAAGGUGACCAAGAAAAUUGAGGAGUUAGAAAGCUUGGACAUAAUUGAACCUGUAUAUUCUCCCAGUCAGUGGAUUAGCCCUGUUAGUGUUGUUCCAAAACCCGACUCUGAUAUUGAGCUGGAUAGCGAGUCACGUGACAUUACAACUUUUGUUACACAUGCUGGAUUAUAUCGAUACAAACGGUUGAUGUUCGGAAUAAACGCAGCACCGGAAUUGUAUCAGCACAUUAUUUCUCAGAUUUUCCAUGACAUCGAGGGGGUUGAGAGUAUAUCGGACGACAUUGUCGUGCAUGGUACUACAAAAGAGGAGCAUGAUCAGAGUGCUCGUUACAUACCAGAUCUCGCUACGAUAUCAGAACCGUUACGGAAGCUCGUGAGGAAAAGCGUUACGUUUGUUUGGGGACGUAAACAACAUGAGAGCUUUGAAAAGCUAAAGGACUGUUUAGCAAAUGCUAGUGUGCUAGGUCAUUUCAGUCUAAACGCCAAGAAGACAACCGUCGUUACGGACGCUAACAAUGUUGGAUUAGCGGCUAUUUUAAUCCAAGAGGAUUCUUCUGGCCAGUCGAAAGUGAUCAGUUAUGCUAGCAGGUCACUGUCAGACGUGGAGCGUAGAUACCCCACUACCGAAAAAGAGGCAUUAGCAGUCGUGUGGGGUUGUGACAAAUUUAAGCUGUAUCUAGUAGGAAUUCCGUUUGAUUUAGUGACCGAUCCUAAGCCAUUGGAAGCAAUAUAUGGACCAAAAUCUAAGCCGAAUGCCAGGAUUGAGAGAUGGAUUAUGAAAUUAAUGCCGUACAGUCCGGUAUGA